AUGGCAGAUAAGAUUGUUAACGAGAAUAGUACAGAUACGCAACCUAUUAUUCGUUUGGCACCACUUAAUGUGCCGUUUAAAAGACGACGUCAAACAGCAGUAGUUUUCAUGUGGCUGGUUUCUUUACCGGCAACUCUUUUUGUUUUCUUCAUAUCUUGCACGAUAGUUUUCUUUUUACCAUGGAUCAUUGCUUAUUUGUUAUUUGUCCUUUUUGACAUUGCACCGGAAAAUGGCGGUAGAAGGUUUGAAUUCGCCAGAAAAGCUCCCUUUUGGAGAUGGUACGCUGAUUAUUUUCCAAUAAAACUAAUUAAGCAAGUCGAUUUAGAUCCAACAAAAAAUUACGUUUUUGGAUAUCAUCCACAUGGAGUUAUUUCAGUUGGAGCAUGGACAAAUUUUGUUACUGAAGCAAAUAAUUUCUCCAAAUUAUUUCCCGGAAUUACAUGUCGUUUAUUAACUCUCACGACUAAUUUUAAUAUUCCACUUUAUCGUGAUUAUUUAAUGGCUCAAGGUUGUGCUUCAGUAUCCAGACAAUCUUGUGAAAAUAUUUUAAGGAAAGGUCAUGGGCAUUCCAUUUUAAUUGUAGUUGGUGGUGCUGGGGAAAGUUUAAAUGCGCGUCCCGGAGUUUACGAUUUAGUUUUAAAAAGAAGGUUAGGUUUCAUAAAAUUAGCCGUUCGUAACGGAGCUUGUCUGUGUCCUGUAUUUUCAUUUGGAGAAAAUGAUAUAUGGGAUCAGGCUGAUAAUCCCAAAGGAGGCAAAAUCUGGAAGGUUCAAAAGACGAUACAAAAAUUAUCCGGUUGGACGAUGCCUCUUUUUCAUGGUCGUGGUGUAUUUAAUUAUAACUUUGGUGUUUUACCUCACAGGAGACAAAUUACAACAGUUGUUGGAAAACCAAUUCCGGUUGACAAAAUUGAAAAUCCAACAGAAGAACAACUCCUUAAGGUACAAGAGAAAUAUAUCGAAGAGUUAUACAAUAUUUGGAAUCAAUAUAAAGACGUAUAUGCAAAGAAUAGAGUGAGAGAAUUAACCCUUAUCGAGUAA